AUUAACAUAAUUUAUAUUUACAAUAUUAACAUGGACCUUGAAAAUUAGAAUUAGGCAGCCUUUUUGGAUUCAAAAGAUAUGGUUGAAAAGUUAGAAAAACUCGAAAUUACUUCAGAGGUAAAUGAGUUUCAAUAUUAAAGAGUUUUGAUAGUAAAAUGGCUUGUAUACAAUAUUUUUCAUAUAUUCUAACAUGGGAUAUUGUGAAUGCGAGAUUUUUCUUUUACAAAUAUUAAAGGCUUUUAGAGUCAGACCAAUUAGGAAUAGAGAUGACAAAAUUUUUGAAACUAGUUUUCGAAAAUAAGCAUUCAGAAUUAAUAAAAGGAUGUGAUAAAUUAUGUGAAAUUUUGAAUACCUAAUAAGUGUAUAAGAAAUGGAUAGAGGAAUUAAAAAAUAGAGUAUAGGAACAUUUGAAAGAUUUAAUUGAAAAAAAUUUCUAAUCUAUUAGUGCAGUUCGUUUAAGUUCAUUUGGGUAGGAUUAUAGAAUAUUAAAAGGAUAAAUCCUUAAGGAAAAGCAUAUGUGAAAGUUGAAGAGAAGUAAUAAGCGAAUACACCACUAAACAUAGAGAAAUUGAGUUAGAUUGCGAGGUUGAUUUAAAAUAUGGAGAAUAAGUGA